GCAGGCGGUGGGGGAAGGGAAGCACGUGUAACCGGGCCAGGGUUGCAUCACGAGCGGGCUCGGGUUUUCUAUUGCACUCUUCGUUUUCGUUUGCAUGUAAUCCUCAGCAUCAGUCUGAACGAGCUCAGGAGCCCAGGAGCUACGAAGGGCAGGCUCAAGGCAAAGCCCCACCCAGUCCUUUUGGGGGGAAUCUUGAAUGGCAACUGAUAGCUAAUAAGCCUCAAUCUAUUCUGCUGAUUCACAAUUAUGGAGACUGUGUAAUUGAAGAUCGAAGAAAAAGCUAAAAAACACACCUGGGAGAAAAGAAGGGAUCUCUCUGCAUUUGCUUGUGAGCUCAUCUCCACACACGCCUUCUGGGGUCUGUGAUCGGAUGUGGGCAGCCCACUGCUCUGGAGGUCUGCACAUGAACUCGCUGUAACGGCAAUCCUCUUGUUUCGCAGAGAAUGAUGGCAUAAUGACCACUACAAAGGGUGACACCCACUUUGUAAAGACCUCAUCGCCACAGGGUGAGGCUAAAAUGAGCAUAACCAGUGACGAGGUGAACUUUCUGGUGUAUCGGUAUCUCCAGGAAUCAGGAUUUUCCCAUUCGGCCUUCACGUUUGGGAUAGAGAGCCACAUCAGUCAAUCCAACAUCAAUGGGACGCUAGUACCACCAGCUGCCCUCAUCUCUAUCCUUCAGAAGGGACUGCAGUAUGUAGAGGCCGAAAUCAGCAUCAAUGAGGAUGGCACCGUAUUUGAUGGCCGCCCCAUCGAGUCCCUGUCCCUGAUUGAUGCUGUGAUGCCCGAUGUGGUCCAGACGCGACAGCAAGCGUUCCGGGAGAAACUCGCUCAGCAGCAAGCCAGCGCCGCCGCCUCCACCGCCGCCGCCGCCGCCGCCGCCGCCACCACAGCGGCUGCUUCCCAGCAAAACCCACCAAAGAACGGAGAGGCCACGGUGAAUGGGGAAGAGAAUGGCGCCCAUUCAGUCAAUAAUCAUUCAAAGCCAAUGGAAAUUGAUGGGGAUGUUGAAAUUCCACCCAACAAAGCCACUGUCCUCCGGGGUCAUGAGUCAGAGGUGUUCAUUUGUGCCUGGAAUCCUGUGAGCGACCUGCUAGCUUCUGGAUCCGGAGACUCCACUGCAAGGAUAUGGAACCUUAAUGAGAACAGCAGUGGGGGCUCCACCCAGCUCGUGCUGAGGCACUGUAUACGCGAAGGAGGCCAUGACGUCCCCAGUAAUAAGGAUGUCACCUCGCUGGACUGGAACAGCGAUGGGACACUAUUGGCUACAGGUUCUUAUGAUGGAUUUGCAAGAAUAUGGACAGAAGAUGGUAACCUGGCCAGCACCUUAGGUCAACAUAAAGGGCCCAUCUUUGCCUUGAAGUGGAACAAAAAGGGGAAUUACAUUUUGAGUGCUGGUGUAGACAAAACAACAAUAAUUUGGGAUGCCCAUACAGGAGAAGCCAAACAACAGUUUCCUUUUCAUUCAGCCCCCGCCCUGGACGUGGACUGGCAGAACAACACUGCCUUCGCCUCGUGCAGCACCGACAUGUGCAUUCACGUGUGCAGGCUCGGCUGUGACCGCCCCGUCAAAACCUUCCAGGGACAUACGAAUGAGGUUAAUGCCAUCAAAUGGGAUCCUUCUGGAAUGUUGCUAGCCUCCUGUUCAGAUGACAUGACCUUAAAGAUCUGGAGUAUGAAGCAGGAAAUGUGUGUGCACGAUCUUCAAGCUCACAGCAAAGAGAUAUACACCAUCAAGUGGAGUCCCACAGGACCAGCCACCAGCAACCCAAACUCCAACAUCAUGUUAGCAAGUGCUUCAUUUGAUUCUACGGUUCGACUGUGGGAUGUGGAGCGAGGUCUUUGUAUCCACACACUGACCAAGCAUCAGGAGCCCGUCUACAGUGUAGCAUUCAGCCCUGAUGGGAAGUAUCUGGCCAGUGGCUCCUUUGACAAGUGUGUCCAUAUCUGGAAUACUCAGAGCGGAAGCCUCGUGCACAGCUACCGAGGCACAGGCGGCAUCUUCGAGGUGUGCUGGAAUGCUCGGGGAGACAAAGUCGGCGCCAGCGCCUCUGAUGGCUCUGUCUGUGUUUUAGAUCUGCGGAAGUAAACAGAAAAUAUUCUAGAAAGAAGUCUAUUGGACCAGCAGCGAGUAUGUGGGAUUGCAGCACAGCUCCAUACUGUGUGAACUUGACUUGUGUUUGGGUGUUUUUGGAAAUAACCUCGUCCUGGGCCACAGGAGUCUGUAUUUUUUUCAUAAUCUCCAUCCAGAAGUUUCAACUGCAAACAAAUCCUAAGUCAUACACACAGUCCUAUUACCGCAGGAGAUGUGGUUUCUACUUAGCACGUUCAGCUGGGGAAGGAUGAAGCCAUCAGCUAGAUGGUGCAUAGUUUGGUUUCCAUGCAGAACAGGCUCUGAUGGCAGAAUGGGAAGGAAGAACAAAAGGCUGUGCCAAAAAAAAAAGAAAGAAAAAGAAGAGAAAUUAAAAAAAAAAAUGCUGUGAUAAACCAAAAUGGGGAAGAAACGUCCCCUUUAUGGUGUUUCCCCUCCUGUCGGUUUGGACACUACAGUUGCUCUUCAAAAGACCAGUUUGUACCAAUGAUAUGUGUGACUUUGUAAUCCUGACACUUUCUAUUUUCUAGAGCCUUUGUUUGGUGAUUUUUCUAUCCACUAGGAUUCUGCGGUCUGGGGGCCUUCCGCCUCAGAUGGAAACUGGUUUUGGUUUGUUGCUUCUUUCCUCUCCCAUCAUUCCCCACCCCUUUCUCUCUUGUCCUUGGUCUAGUGUGGUCUUACUUCUCAUGAAGCCCUACAUUGAUGUGGCCACGUGAACACCAUGGAAAGAUUGUUCAUGGACAGCGUUGUCCCUCCCUCUCCACUCCAUCCCCUACCCUUUGCUCACUCUGUCCCUGUCUCAUAGUUGCAUCACAUCUUAGGUCCCAAGGGCACUUUCAGAGCAUAGUAAGUGCUUUUAUGUAAGAAGGCAGGGAGGGGGACUUUUUACAGGAGAAAAAAAAAAUGACAUAUAAGAGAAAGAGCCUGGAGUAUUUUUGGAAAAAAUAUUUUUAUGUUUAAAACAAUUUUAAAAUCCUAAACUGGCCAUCUGACAUGCAGAGUUUUGUGUGAUUCAUAUUUAAAAGAUUAAGAAGAGGCAGGCAGAAUCUGAGGUGUCUACUCCAUUCCCUUCAGCUUCAUGAAAAACAGGAAAGCCCUGGGUUGGGAAGCAUCCCAUAGAAGGACGUCGGGAUUGUUUGUCCCCCAGCCAGCUGGGAAGAAGCCACUGGUUGGGUGUGAGGCUGAAUGUUGCCUUGUUCCACGUGUGCAGUUUAAUUCCGUAUCCCACAGGAGAAAGCAGAGAAGCCUCGCUGACCUACAGCGUGGCUCCGUGGCACCUACCAGCUACAUCUUUCUCAUGGUCACUUCACAAUGAAGAACACGCUUAGUGAGUGAGUCCUUGCAAGGCUGACCUGGAGGCCCCGCUGUCACCCAGGCUAGUGAUGGCAAAAAACUAAGCAUCAGAGGAGAUGUUCAGUCCUGAAAGAUGGAUGAUGAUGACCUACGUAGACCAUCACUAAUCAUUUCUGCCCCUGUAGAAUUUCUUUCUCUCUCAAGAGACUAGGACAAACUUUUUUUUGAAUAAUGAAUCUUUUUACUAUUUUUCAAGAAUUAAAAAAGGUUUUGUGUUCCUAGCAAAGUUGACUGUCAUUGGAUCAGGUGACCUCUGUCCACUUCUUAUCGUGACUUUUUAAGUUAGCAAAGGGGGAAAAGACCAGAAGACAGGGCCUCUUCUCACUGACUUCCUGUGGGCACUGGCAAGGCAGGGGGUUGGUGGAGGCCAGUAGGCCCGUAGGUAAGCCGACGGUGGGCAGGUUUCCCUCUGUGGCGGAGGCAGCUCUUAAUCAGAGGAAGGCAUCCAUCUGCAGAGCCCAAACAAAAUCAGCAUGCAAGGCUUCCUACACAACGCCAACUGUUUAGACCAAGGACAUGAAACAGCCUCCUCCCAGACACGUGAAUUGUGUAAGCCUAAAAAGACCAGUGCUGUGUUACUGAAUUGAGGGCUAUGUUUGGGCUCUGGCACCUAAACAAUUAGCAAAGAAAGCUAAAAGUUCUGUGGAAUCCUUUUGCCACUUUGAUUUUAAGAGGUGUCCCUGAAUACAUGAUAUGAUAUGUAAUUUCGUGCUCUGAGAAUGCAUUUGCUUUGGGACACAGUCUUUUGGGGGUUUAGAUGAACCCCUUUGCUGUUUCCCAAUAUAAGUAUGCUCAGCUAUACCAUCUCAGCUGUCAAAAGUCAGCCUGUUGUUGGGAUAUGACUUGCAAUUUGGCAAGCCCCUCAUACUGCUCUAAAAUGUUUCAUAGAUGAUCUGUGGGUAGCCAGGGAUUGGCUAAUGGGUUGGCAGCUCAACUUGACGAAUCUGAACAUACUAGAAUUGUUAGGCUGGGCUCACGGGCUGGGAGGACAUGACAGGCUCAAUCUGUACACAAGAGGAAGCCAGAGAAAGACCACCCUUGUCUCUGGCCUCCUCAGAUAGUGUGGGCCACUAGGGGACCAAGCAGAGGAAUGCAUCUCACACCCCACAAAACAAGCCAAUCCACAGCUGUCUUCUGAAGCUGCCAGCAUUUGCACACCAUCACUCCCCUGCUGCCGGACAGCUGGCGGUCAUCUUUGAGGUCAGGGGGUGCCCGUGUGUUAAUGCUAUUGUCCAACAUGGUCCACAACUUUAUUUGGAAAGCUUAAGACUUGUCACCCAGUUCAACCUGGAAAGCAGUGUAGUCACUGGAAAUGUUUCUGUGGGUUAGAAAUGACAAUGUUCCUUGCCAAGCUCACCCAGGAUGCUGCUUGCGGGGGACUGGAGGGUCAGUUGGAUGCAUAGGGUCCAGCUCUGACCCCACACACCACCAUAGGACUUGACUUUUUGUUCUGUCUUUCCAAAAUAUAGACCAUGGAGUCAAGUGAAGUGCACUUUGUCAAAUGUGAGGAUCGGUUUUUGUCCUUGUUCUGUUUCUUAGCCUUUCGUUCCACCUUUUCUCUUUGUUUCUUGUCAAAUGCAGAAAUGUCUCUUCCGCAACUCACUGAAGUUUUGAAUUCUGGCUUCUGCUGUUUUUAUUGUCUGUGUCAGACGUACAGCCAGACGUGGUUCUCUGUCAACAUUUUCCAGAUUCUAUUAAGCAACAUUGACCUCUGUUCUAUCCUUUACCCCACGCUCCCAUUCACUUCUCACACUCUUGGGGAAAAGAAUCACCUUAUGUGUCGUAGCUCAUUUGUUUCAGGAGAGACUCAAUCAACAGAUCAUAUUCAGUGUCUUGAAUAAAUUGCUCUAUUUUGAUAUUACA